AUGGCAAGCUGGGAGGAGUCACAAGAGUCUCUCAAAGUGGAUGUUGGCCAGUUGAAGGACCAGAUCGGCCAGAUCUUGGCGGCGCUUGAAUCCAUGAAGACUACUGGAGAGUCUUCAUCUGCGCAUGUUGAGGGGAAUGCUCACCCUCAUCCCCCAAUGUUCAACGCUGCGAGCCAAUCAGUUCCUUUCCUACUGUAUGGUUUACCUCCGGGUUACACUCCUCCUGCAGGAGAGUACUCAGAAGCUGAGCACGCUUCAUUCUCGUUUCCCGCGACCGUCAAUAUACCACCAAUCGGCACUCAGGGACUUGUCUUAGUGUCGGCUCCCAUGGUGGUCUCGGGAUUGAACGAGACCAACACAACUGAGGGAAUUCGGGUGACCCCAGUACCGCAUGUGGUUGCUAGGGAGGAUUCUUCAGCCGAAGCUGCACCGCACGCCACGGUGGUUGGGGGAUUCGGUAGCCUCGUUGGAGCUACGGGUAGGUUGGAAAGUCUGGAGGCGAGGUUGAGAGUUGUUGAAGGAGUUGAGAGCUACGGGUUUGGAGAUGCGGCCAGAUUGAGUUUGGUUCCGGGCUUGAAAAUCCCGCCUAAGUUCAAGGCGCCGGAGUUUGAAAAAUAUAGGGGUAACACUUGCCCUAAAAGCCAUGUGACCAUGUACUGCAGAAAGAUGGCUGCGUAUGCUCAUGAUGAGCAGUUACUCAUCCACGUUUUCCAGGAAAGUUUGGCUGGGGUGGCAUUGAACUGGUACACCCACCUGGAGCCAUCCCGAAUUCGUUGUUGGGCGGAUCUAGCUGACGCCUUCGUGAAACAAUAUGUAUACAAUACUCAUGUUGCUCCGGACCGUCUGCAGCUACAGAAUAUGACAAAAAAGGACAAUGAAACUUUCAAAGAGUACGCUCAACGAUGGAGAGAGUUGGCUGCGCAAGUUGAGCCGCCGUUGUUUGAUAAGGAGAUGGUGUCGAUGUUCGUAAACACACUCCAGCCGCCAUUUUAUGAGCAUAUGGUCGGGAAUGUGUCUGUCAAUUUUGCUGACACCAUCAUCAUUGGUGAGAGGAUAGAAAUUGGAUUGAAAAACGGGAAGAUAGCAUAUGGCCCACCUGCAGCUAUAAACUACAAAAAGCCCAGCUUCAAUCAGGGGAAGAAAAAAGAGGGGGAGGUACAUGCUGCGUCGGUAAUGCCUGUAUGGAGAGGACGAGCUCCCGAUCCUAAUUACCGACCAUACUUAAACCCACCUCCUUAUGCUGCUAACACCUCGUUUGCUCACCAAGCUAGGCCUCAACAACAACAAGCAUAUUAUCCACCGCAGCGUAUCCCAACCGAAGCUUCAAGACCGGCCGCAAACAUGGGCCCAAAUUUGAAUGUGGGUCACAACAACAACCCAAGGGGAAAUCCAUUUGUUAGGUUCACCCCAAUCCCUAUGACCUACACUGAAUUGUUACCUAACCUAGUCAAAAAGGGUUUGGUCGCCAUUUGCCCGAUGAAGCCUGUACAGCCGUCGUACCCUAGGGGUUAUGACGCAAAUGCCAGGUGUAGUUAUCAUGCAGGAGGCGUUGGCCACUCGACCGAAGGAUGUAUGGCUCUCAAAUACAAAGUUCAGGCUUUGAUAGAUUCGGGUUGGUUAAAGUUUCAAGAGGACCAGCCCAGCGUCGAUACUAAUCCAUUGUCCGGGCACGGGAGUUCCUCGACGAACGCCGUCGAGGUUGGAAACCAUGAUCUGAUAAGAGAUGUGGGCGAAAUCCGAAGUUCUAGGAGGUUUAUCUUUGAAGCUUUGUUGAAGAAGGGCCUAGUGAAGGGCGAUUAUGAUCUGGGUAUAGCGUGCGCACUCCAUCCGGAGUCCGGGCACUCUAUUGAGGAAUGUAUGGAAUUCGAGAUUUUUCUACAAGACUUACUUGAUAGAAAUCUGAUGCAAGUGUGCCGCAAGAUCAGAGAGGAAGAAGUAUUUGCACAAAUUGGUGGAGAAUCUGAUGUGACUCUACCCGAACCUUUGGUGAUCCAUUUCACUAGGACCACCCCUGCACUGGUAACUGAAGGAAAUCCGUUUGUUGUCAUCCGAGUGCCAACUCCUUUCCCUUCUAAGAGCGAGAAAGCCGUCCCAUGGAGAUAUGGGGCAACUGCAUUAGAUGAGGGAGAAUAUGCAAAUCCGACUGUGGAAAACAUAUCAGGCAUUGGUGGAAUGACCAGAAGUGGUCGGAUCUUUACACCACCAGAAUUGGCGGGAGAAACGACCAAUGAUAGGGAAGCAACAAUGGCUGCAAAAGCAAAGGAGUUCUUGAGGGGGAAGAACGUGGAGGCCGAGGAGACCCCCGACAAAGAGGAGAAGAGGGAAAUAUCUGAAGAAGAAGUUGGUGAAUUCCUAAAGUUCAUACAACAGAGUGAGUACAAAGUGGUGGAACAGUUGAACCGCAUGCCUGCCCGGAUCUCCUUGCUAGAAUUACUCAUGCACUCUGCCUCCCACCGAAAGUUGUUGAUGAAGAUACUCAGUGAGGCUCAUGUGGAGCAAGGUAUUUCUCUAAACAAGUUCGAGGGCAUUGUUGGCAACAUCGUUGCUAAUAAUUACCUCACCUUCACUGAUGAAGAGAUACCUGUUGAGGGGAGAGGUCAUAACAAAGCCCUUCAUGUCUCUGUGAAAUGCUUGGAUCAUGUGAUAGCACGUGUCUUAGUGGAUAAUGGAUCCUCCCUGAACGUCAUGCCAAAAGCAACCUUGGAGAAGCUACCUAGUGACGGAACGCAUAUGAAGCCAAGUUCUAUGAUUGUGAGAGCCUUUGAUGGUAGUAAGAGGGAAGUGAUGGGAGAGGUAGAACUACAAGUCCAAGUCGGUUUGUGUGUCUUUCAAGUGACAUUCCAAGUCAUGGACAUCCUCCCAGCCUAUAGUUGUCUGUUGGGUCGCCCAUGGAUCCAUUCUGUAGGGGUUGUGCCUUCUACAGUACAUCAAAAGUUGAAGUAUGUUAUGGGAGAUAAGCUGGUGAUAGUGGCAGGAGAGGAGGAUUUCCUGGUGAGCGGGCCAUAUCCUCCCGUUAUAUUGAAGCAGUCGAGGAAGCUCUUGAGACAGCUUUCCAAUCUCUGGAGAUCGUGGGAAACACCUAUGUGGAGCCAUUCGCGGUCAACCCGCAUCUGUCGCGUGCUUCUAUCAUGA